CUGGUGGUCACCUAAUUCGACUAAAACCAGACCUGAUCCCCAGGAACGCGCGCCACUUGCCAUUCCACGCUGACCGACUUCUAUCAAGAUAUCCACCAACCUGCUCUGAUCUUUUUGCCUGCUCGUCAUAUUACGAUCCCAUCGUCUUCGCCACGCUCUACUUUAGUGUCGAGUAGUUGUACAUUACCUACAUAGUACAUGCUCUAGCGAAGAGCAUCCGAUCAUCAUCUACAAGGAUCAGCAUAUCUUACCCGACCCCUGCCAUGGCUGGUCGAGCCUCGUUCCCAAACCUGGGUCGGACCAGUGUCGCUCCCAACCGCUCUGCACGGUGGGACCGAGAUUUCUUUGAUGAGCGGGAACAUGACAUGACCCUUGAGCGUGGCCGCGGCCCUGGUCGUGACCGAUUCGAAGCCCUUCCCAUCCGAACUCGCAACCCGGACGACGACGAUGAUUACUUUCGCCAGAGCCGCCGUGUACCUCCGCCAAGGGAGCACUCCGUCGAUGAUGGACGCUUCAUGCGCGACCGUCGAGCCCGCCGUCCACGUUUCGACGAGGAAGAGGACGAUGAACUCCUUUUUCGUGAGCGGCGCCGUACCAUGUACGACGACUUCGAGACGCCCCGUCCUCCCUCUACCACGCGCCGACGGCGGUCUCCUUCCGCAAGCUCCUUCGUCCGCCGAAGACCAUCUCCCGAAAGAGAAAGAUUCCGCAGCCCAUCUCCCCCAACACGCCCUACUGCUAGGAUGAGGAGACGUACCUCCAGUGUCGAUACAUAUGAUCGAAAGCCCAAGGGCUUCUACGACCGCGAAGAGUAUGACCCGCCUGCCAGAAGGUCCGACUACCGCAUUCCUCCCAAUGUACCGAUCCCACUGCCUAGGCACAAGGCUUUGCCUCCUCCAAGAGUUUAUGCGGAGCACGACUACUUCCAAGAUAUCCAAGUUUCGGAUCCUUAUCGAUAUGGUGACGAAGACUUCCAUGCGUUUCCUGGGGGAGAAAAGUUCCGCGAGCGCGAGGUCGAGAAGGAAGUUAUCCACACAAGGCGCGGCCGGAGAGACCGGAGCAGGGACUCGCGUACUUCCCGUGCUACGAGUCGUAGCCGUCGAAGCAGCCGCCGAAGCAGAUCGGUGGCAUCAAGCACUAGCAGCUCUUCAAGUAGCAGCGGCGGCACUACCAUCACAAGCAAGAGCGAGUAUCCGAAGAAGGGAAAGACAAGAAUUCCCUCCCGCUUACUCUCGAGGCGGGCCCUCAUUGAAAGUGGCUUUCCUUUUGUCGAGGAGGGAACUACUACCAUUAUACAAAAGGCUCUCGGUCAAGAGCAUAUCGAUCAUCUGCUCAAGAUGAGCGACGAGUACAAGAAGGCUGAACUUGAAAUCCAUGCCGCUCGCUCGAGUGCCGGCGAUGUCAUUGAGGAACGCGAAGAAUCUCGUACGGAGAUCAUCGAAUACACCGACACACCUAUUCCAGGGCCACCACAUCAUACGACACACUACACUCAAACCACUACUCAUGCUCACCCGCAUGUUCAUACUACCACCGUACAUACCCACUCGCCUGUUCAAGCCACAUAUACCCAGCCAGUAAUGGUAAACGCGACUCCGCCCGUACAUACUCAACAAGUCGACUUCGCAAAAACUGUACAGGUCCGCGACGUCUCUCCUUCCCGGGCUUCCUCCUACAGCUCAUGGGAUAGCACCUCCUCUUGGACCGACUUGACCUGCACGACUGGUACCUCAUGCUCUACCUGCUCUACCGCAACAAUCGCACCUCGAGGACAUGUACACACGCCCCAGGUUGUCCACGUCGCGCACCCAGACGAAUUCUCCAAGGAGUUGAUGAUUCUCGAUGAGAGUCACGGCAUGAGUCGAAGCCGCAGUCGCCAUCGCAGUCGAAGCCGCAGUCGCCAUCACAGCCGUCAUCGCAGUCGCCAUCGCAGUAGCCAUCGUAGUCGCCAUCGUAGUCAAAGCCGCCGAAGCCGUAGCCGCCACCAUUCGUACGAAAAAGAACGACACGGCAGCAGAGGCAAUCUCGUUCUCGCCGAGCGCCUAGCUACCGGCGAGCUUGUUCUGCGUGAGGAAGAAGUCGAGAGGAUCGAGGAGCCCAGGAGGGGUGUGAGGCUUGAGAAGGACAAGAGAGGUCCUCCGCCGAGGUUGGUGAAGGCUAUGUUGGCUACCUUGACUUGAGAAGAAACGGUCAGCUAGUGGCUAGACGCAUGGUCUGUCAUGAUUACUCCCAGGCUCGGAUGUGUUCUGUCUUUUGACUCUUUGCGGAUACCCUCAAUUUACGCUCCCCUCUUUAUGAUGGUAAUGACUAUGUAAUGUCACGAGUCAUGUUACACGAUCUAUGUCACAAAUUCAAAUGUUUUUGGAACGGGCACUCAACGUCGGUGGCGGUGGAAGUUAUCUUUUGGCGUAUUGGACAAACAUUUGGCGGUUCUCAAUUAUAAUAUCUUUUCAGAGCGAACCAUUCCCCCCUGAUAUACCUGUUGAGCACGUUGUUUAUUCCUCUUACCUACCUGCCAAGUAUUCAUGGCAUCGCAGUUCCACACAUCUCUGAGGAUCAAACUCAACUGCGCAAGUGCAGUUGAAUUCGCUUUCAUCAAUUUUCAUGCCCCUUAACCUGCCCGAUUCUCCGGGUGACUUUCCAGGUGACUUCAAGAUUCAUGUGAAGCCCUUCGCAACACUUUAAGCCUUUUCCGUUGUUUUCUCUUCAGCUGCCUCCUCCUGGGU